ACGGGUGCUCCCUCUAGUCAGUUAUCGACGGCGUCAUCGACAAAAUAAUGAGAAUUUUCUUUUUAUAAGAGAGCCUUGGAUGUGUUUGCUACUUCGCCAUGAUGUUCGUUGGCUGUUGCGGUGAACCGAUUUACUGGACAGAAAAAUAGAAACUAGGUUGAUUCGCCGCCUCCCCAGAUGUGGCCGUUUCCUCUGCUGAGACUCCUGUUCAUGAAUGGCGAAGAUGCUUUGAUUGACAGGCUGUGGCUUGGCCAGAAGGGAUGACAGGACAUUAGCAGAUAUGGAGAUGGGGGAGAUGGAAAGGCAGUGGAGAACAACGCAUUAGAGUAGAUUCACCACAUCAGAGUCUCAGGCAAAGACAAAAUCUUAUUUUUCUAUUUCUGAACUGUGUUGAACGUAAAGCCAUACUCGGUGUCAGGAUGAGCUCUGAGGGCUUUCAGUAUCGCGCGCUCUACGACUACAAGAAGGAGCGGGAGGAGGACAUCGACCUGCACGUAGGUGAUAUGCUGCUUGUCACUAAGGGAGCGCUGCUGGCGCUCGGCUGCAGCGGCGGUGCCGAAGAACGGCCAUCUGAGAUCGGCUGGCUGCCAGGCUUCAACGAGACCACGCAGGAAAAAGGUGAUUUCCCGGGAACCUAUGUGGAGUUUGUUGGCAGGAAGAGGAUGUCCCCACCAACACCAAAGCCCCGCCCACCCAGACCGCCUUCUGCUGCUUCGACAAGGGCUGACUCUGAAUCAGAAGGCUUCACGUUGCCAGAUCUUCCAGAGCAGUUUGGACCGCCGGACACGGCCCCGCCCCUCCUGAGCCGAAUGAUGGAGGCCAUAGAGACCAAAGGUCUGGACAGUCCUGGUGUCUAUCGCAGUCUGGGUGGAGGAGGUCUGGACACUCGGCAGUUAGCAGACGCGGACCUGGACCAGUUGGAGGUGUCGUCCCUCUGUGAUGGAGUUGUUCGGUUCCUUCAGGAUCUUCCUGGUCCUAUUCUGCCCACCUCACUACAAGCUGACAUGGUUCAUGCCGUGCAAGAGGUCAGAGACCCAGAGGACUGUGCCCAGGUGCUGCGUGGUGUGGCCAGCUCCCCUGCCUACCCGGGUCAGUACGGCCUCACCCUGCUCAGCGUGGUGCGACACCUGGCCCGAGUCUGUCUUCACGCAACCCGAAACCAGCUGAGCCCCCGAACCCUGGCUGAAACCUUCAGUCCGCUGCUGUUCAGGCAGUCUGCGGGCUCUGAGUCCAGUCUGGAUCCGCUGGUUCAGGUCCUGGAGGUUCUGAUAACUAGUGAACUCAACAUGAACCAGGCUGCACCAGCUUUGCCUCCCAAACCGGUGAAGUCUUCGGCUCCGGCGGCAUCCGGCAGCUUCAAUAACAGCAUGGCUCUGCAGGACGCUGAGUGGUACUGGGGCGACAUAUCCAGAGAGGAGGUGAACGAAAAGCUGAGGGACACUGCUGAUGGUACGUUUCUGGUUCGAGACGCCUCCACAAAGAUGCAUGGAGAUUACACACUGACCCUGAGGAAAGGAGGCAACAACAAACUGAUAAAGAUUUUUCACCGGGAGGGGAAGUACGGCUUCUCAGACCCCUUAACGUUUAGUUCUGUGGUGGAGCUGAUCAACCAUUACCGCCAUGAGUCCCUAGCCCAGUACAACCCCAAACUGGACGUCAAGCUGCUCUACCCAGUGUCCAAGCACCAGCAGGACCAGGUGGUGAAGGAGGACAGCAUUGAGGCUGUGGGGAAGAAGCUCCACGAGUACCACCUGCAGUACCAGGAGAAGAACCGCGAAUACGACCGGCUGUACGAGGAGUACACCAGAACCUCACAGGAGAUCCAGAUGAAGAGGACGGCCAUCGAAGCCUUCAACGAGACCAUAAAGAUCUUCGAGGAGCAGUGUCAGACCCAGGAGCGCUUCAGCAAGGAGUACAUCGAGAAAUUCAGACGAGAGGGCAACGACAAGGAGAUCCAGAGGAUCAUGGAAAACUACGACAAGCUGAAAUCUAGGAUCUGCGAGAUCGUGGACAGCAAGCGCCACCUAGAGGUUGACCUGAAGAAGCAGGCUGCUGACUACAGAGAGAUUGACAAGAAGAUGAACAGCAUCAAGCCAGAUCUGAUCCAGCUCCGCAAGACCAGGGACCAGUACCUGAUGUGGCUCACGCAGAAGGGAGUGCGACAGCGGAAACUGAACGAGUGGCUGGGGCUGAAGAAUGAAACCACUGAGGACGAGUACAGCAUGGUGGAAGACGAGGAGGACCUGCCGCACCACGACGAGCGUCUGUGGCGUCUGGGAAACAUCAACCGCAGCCAGGCCGAGUCGCUGCUCCGCGGCAAGAGAGACGGAACGUUCCUGGUCCGAGACAGCAGCAAGCCGGGCUGCUACGCCUGCAGCGUGGUCGUGGACAGCGAGGUGAAGCACUGCGUCAUCAACAAGACCAGCACCGGAUACGGCUUCGCUGAACCAUACAACCUGUACGGCUCCCUGAAGGAGCUGGUUCUGCACUACCAGCACACGUCGCUGGUCCAACACAACGACUCGCUCAACGUCACGCUCGCCUUCCCCGUCUACAGCCAGCAGAGGCGGUGACCACCCCACCCUGACUCCUCCCACCUCACGUCACUGCACCACAUUUCCACACUCAACUCCGCCCACCUCACUCACGCACACAUUUAACUGUGUGGAUUUGGUUGCCAGGACAACGCUUCCCAUUUUUACUGCAGCUCUGGUUUUGUUGACUCUCUGCAAGCGACAGUUGGGUCAGAGGUCACAGUUGUGUGGGCGGAGUCCACCCUGCACCCUCCACAAUAGGCAGGAACGUGAUGAUGUCUUCAGAUGCAUAUUGACAGACUUUUCUCGUGAACACUGUGAGCGACUCUGAACGAUGAACCAAGCUUCAUUCCAGAGGGAACUGAACCCUCAUCCAAAGACUUGACACAGCUUUCAUGUCUUCAGCUGAUGGUUCCAUGUGGAUCUGAGUUGCAGCUUGAGUCCUUCCUGAGGUGGAUCGGAACCAUUAACGGAACCCUGAUGUUGGGUUUCCAAAAGUUUCAGAACUGCUUGAAGGAUUUUUUUUUUUUUUCCCGACAGCAGAACUGAGUCACGAGUUUGUAUUGGAAAGAGCCUGAAACUGUCCACAUUUGAAUCAACACAAUUAUGUCUGUUGUCAUAGUAACUAUUUUCUUGCCUGUGCAGCUUUUUUAAAUAUUUUGUUCAGAUUGAAAAAUUUGUGUAAAAUCUCCAGAAAACGCCUGAUUAUCCCCCCACCGUGCCGCUGUAAGUUAAAGUUCCAGAUUUUUUUCAGAGGUCCUCAUUUUUCAUUUUAACGAGCUCAAACAUGUUAAAAUCAUGACUGAUCACCAACAUGUCACGCGAUUUCCCAUCAGCUGCUUUAUCUUUUACCUGAAGCUUUUUAAAGAUCCAUCGACUCUUCUGAACAUUGUUUCCAUUCCUGCGUCUCUUUGUCCCGAAUGUUGCGUCCGUAUCACAUUUGAGAUAUUUGCACUGAUUAUAAUGAAUCUCUAAAUCUUACACUAGGGGGCGAUAGCACAUUUUUAAUGUCAUAGAGCAGCAGCAGUUAGCAUCGUCAGCUGCUGCGAUAUUUUUGUGGUAAAGCACGGAUGCAGUUUAACAUCAGUAGGGUGUUGAUUUGUUGUGAAGUGGACGUGGCUCAACCAUGCAUCUAAUACCACUCAUUCAAAUGGAUGUUAGUGCCACCUAGUGGUCUCUUUUUUUUUUCAGCAAUAGAAGUGCUACCUCUGGGCUGCAGUUUUUUUGUUGUUUUAAAUUAGUACUUGGUUUGCUGGCAUGUCUGGGACCCUGUGUUCUGUUUUCCAGUAGAACCCAGUGACUCCCACAAAGACGAAAGUUUUAAAUGAUCCAGAUGAAGUGUUUAGCUCAUUAAUUAGCAUCCAGUUGCCCCAAAGGCCAAGGACACACCCCCACGUGUCACCUGACUGCAGCAGCUAGACGUCGACUCUAAGGAGAUCAGGAUGGUCCGUCUGGAUGGCCACCCUGCGGACUCGAACCAGGCCGCAUGGUCGACCAGUGCUAACUGUCCCACAGUAUUGUGGGAAAUGAAAAGUCUGGAUUAAGUUUUGGACACGCCCCCUAAUGCUGUCUGAUUUUUAUAAUCAAUGCAAAGUUAUCAGAUCGAUAAGUGUUUGUGAUCCCAACUUCAGCUGUGACAUUCCACUAAAAAUUAACACCUGUUUUUAUUCCCACCACAUUUCAUUCAUCAGAACACUUUUAUUCUGGUCCAAAGUUUAAAGCACAUUAUUGGUUUGUAAGGAAACAAACUCCAGGGGGCAUCAACGAUCCAGUGUGCUCGAGUUUGAAAUAUGGGGGGGGGGGGCAAUUUUUACUCAAGCUGCUGAUGUCAGUAACCUUGAACCAGUCAGCCCAAAGUCCUGCAGGAUUCACUUUGGACGUUCUCAUUUUUAUAUUUUUAAUUAAACUGUGUUUUUGUUUCUUGUCUUUGCUUCACUCAUAAUGUUAUUGACAUUAAUUAUGGACAAUAAAGCACCAGAUUCUCAAAACU